AUGACCAAAAGAUUCAAGCACUUUCGAAAACUUUCGACAGAGGUCCGUCUUAUGAUCUGGAAGUUUGGAAAGCCAUCUGGUCGAAUCGUCGAUAUCCGACAAAUCCAAAGACGCGUUAUUCGAGAAGAAUGGAAUCUGGCACAGCAGGAGGCAUAUUGGCGUGAUAAUGAUCCUGAAAAGUGUGGCUAUGAAGAGGAUGAGCACGGUGAUCUGGUCAAAUACAGUAAAUUAUGGGGCUUUAGAUCGGAUGCUCCGAUACCAGGGAUCCUUCUGGCUUGCCGCGAGUCGCAUGAAGUCGCCAUGAAAUGGUAUCCACGAGUAUUCAAAUGCUCCGGUGACAACGAAGGACCAGGUUCGGUCUCAAUUCCGCAAACGUACUUCAAUCACCAGGAAGAUACACUCUUAGUCUCUCAAGAGACGUUUGCCCCCAAAUAUCUUGAUGAGACCGAUGCUACAAUUAGCUACAAUCUCGAUGAGCGAGGCAUUGACCCAGAGCCGGUUUUAUCAGGGAUCUCCGAUUUGGCAGCGGAGCCGGACUUUACAUCAAUCGAGAACCUUGCUAUGGUGGUGACUCCUGACGACAAAUAUGUACCCUGGGGUGCACUUUCGGGAUGGUUGUGGAAGAUUUUGGCGCGGACAUUUCGCAACCUCAAGACGUUUACCAUUGUGGUCGACUAUUGCGUAUCAUCUCCUCACUGGCGGGACUUGAAGAUGACGGCAGAAGAGAAGGCAGAUCUUGUGUUCAUGGACGAACUAACUGAUGUUCAAAACACUUUCUCUUUCUACCAACAGAGUCGCCCUCUUUCUCGACAGGAAAAAGAGUACGGUGGGCUGGUGCCAAAAUAUUGCACUUAUUUGUACACGAGUAUUCCAUUCCGAAGUGUCGUCCGAGGACUCGCGAAAAUCAAUAAGGAGCGUCUUGAUAUUGGCGGCCACGAGUCGUUUAACCUCCCGGAGAUAGAAUAUAAGAUCGUCGUCCCUGCGAAGCUAAAGGCAGCUUUAGAGCGGAGCAAACAUCUUUAUUACGCAAAACGUUCUAUAAAUCAAGCGGAUUAG